CCUCAACGAUCGAAGAAAAAAAACUUAACCGCCUAAUUUCUUGUAACGUUUUCGAAACCAUCAAAUUCCAAUCUUUUCAAGUUCGAAUUCGGGCCCCAUUUCUGAGUGUGUGGAGAAAAUUGUAACUUCGAAUUUUCUUCACUUCAAGCAAACGGUUUUUUGAUUAAUCGGAGAGCCAGAACAAUGGGCGGUUCACACAGUCGUGAAGGCCUCGAACUCUCCGAUUCGGAAUAUUUCGGCGAGGAUGAAUCAGAAGAGGAGGAGGAGGGUUCGGAAAAUUACGCUGAUGCAGAAGAUCAUAUUCCAAAGAGGAAUACUAAAGUCGGUGCCGAAACCCUAGAUGUAAUCGAUUCUAGGCUCCAAUCCUUGAAACUGAAAUACCCAAAAAACCCUUCCUCUUCCUCACUAACUCCAAACGCCAAUAUAAGAAACUCCGUCAAGCUUUAUCUUCACAUAGGUGGAAACACUCCGAAGGCAAGAUGGGUGGUUUCGGAGAAGUUGACUUCUUAUAAUUUUGUUAAAAAAGUUGGCAAUGAUGAUGAUGGGGAUGACGAGGAGGAGGGAUUCGGCAGUAAGGAGAGGUUCUGGGUUUUGAAAGUUGGGGAUAAAAUCAAGGCUAGGGUUACAACCGAUUUACAGAUGAAAUUCUUUGGGGAUCAGCGGAGGGUAGAUUUUGUGGAUGGUGGGGUUUGGGCUUUAAAAUUUCUGAAAGAUGAGGAGUACAGGAAUUUUGUCACAAAAUUUCAGGACUGUUUGUUUGAGAAUGUUUAUGGGUUGAGAGCUACAGAGGAAAAUAAAAUGAAAAUUUAUGGUAAAGACUUUAUUGGGUGGGCAAAACCAGAGCAGUCGGACGAUUCUAUGUGGGAGAAUGCAGAUGAUGGGUUGUGGAAGAAUCCUGGAAAGAGUCCAGAGGGUUUGUCAGAAAGAGGGAAUCAAGAUUUAUUGGAGGAAUUUGAGGAGGCUGCAACUGAUGGGGGGAUUCAGAGCUUGACCUUAGGAGCCUUGGAUAACAGUUUCUUAGUUAGCAAUUCAGGUGUUCAGGUUGUGAAGAAUUUUAGUCAUGGGAUUCAUGGUAAAGGUGUGCAUGUGAAGUUUGAUGGUGGGAAAUUGGGGUCCACAUCAGGGCAUUCUGGGACACCCAAGAAGGCCCUCUUGAUGAGGGGAGAGACAAAUAUGAUGCUCAUGAGUCCGUUGAAGCAAGGGAAGCCCCAUUCUACGGGGCUUCACCAGUUGGAUAUUGAGACAGGGAAGAUUGUCACUGAAUGGAAGUUUGAGAAGGAUGGGACUGAGAUUACAAUGAAAGACAUUACCAGUGAUGCAAAGGGGUCACAGUUGAACCCUUCAGAGUCCACAUUCUUGGGAUUAGAUGAUAAUAGAUUGUCUCAGUGGGAUAUGCGCGAGAAACAGGGAAUUGUUCAGAAGAUAGCAAAUGCAGGUUCGCCAGUGUUGCAUUGGACCCAAGGGCAUCAAUUCUCCAGAGGAACGAAUUUUCACUGUUUUGCCACGACUGGAGAUGGAUCAAUUGUGGUUGGGUCACUUGAUGGGAAGAUAAGAUUGUAUUCGAGGACUUCGAUGAGGCAGGCAAAAACUGCUUUCCCUGGUCUUGGUUCACCUAUUACCUCCGUGGAUGUGACUUAUGAUGGAAAGUGGGUGUUGGGAACAACAGAUACUUAUUUGAUACUAAUAUGCACUUUAUUUACUGAUAAGGAUGGGAAAACAAAGACUGGUUUUAGUGGUCGCAUGGGAAACAAAAUUCCGGCACCAAGAUUACUAAAGCUGACCCCUGUGGAUGCCCACAUGGCUGGUUCUGAUAACAAGUUCCAUGCUGGCCAUUUCUCUUGGGUUACUGAAAGUGGAAAACAAGAAAGGCAUUUGGUUGCCACAGUGGGCAAGUUCAGUGUGAUAUGGAAUUUUCAGCAGGUGAAGAACAGUGCACACAAUUGCUACCAGAAUCAGCAAGGGCUCAAGAGUUGCUAUUGCUACAAAAUAGUAUUGAAGGACGAGUCCAUUAUUGAAAGUCGAUUCAUGCACGACAAAUUUGCUUUUAGCAACUCGCCAGAUGCUCCACUGGUUGUGGCUACCCCAAUGAAAGUCACUUCCUUCAGCAUGUCGGGCAAGAAAUGACGUCUCCAGGUUAUGGAUUUUCUGACCAAGGUUUUAUGUUCCUGUAUAAAUUCAGUUUCCUUCUGAAGAUUUUGUUUUCGUCUUUUCUUUUUCAUUGUAAAUUUUUUAUGUCUGGUUUGAUUGAUCUUGUAGGUGGGUUUUAACUUCCUGUAUAAUCCAAUCAAAUUUCUUCCUCUUAUUUAUUAGCAUUUUUUUUCUAGUUUUCUCUUCCCUUUUGUAUGAAUGCUUUUAUGGAGAGAGAGAUUGAUCUAGAUAUUGUUGAGAUGUAACUAAAUUGAUUAUUUAUAUUUACUUUCUG